AGACUUGUCUCCCUUCUUGUAUAUCUGGAUAAUAAAUGACUUAUACCAGCCUGACUGGACUCUGCCAAAUAAUAUGUUUAGAAAGCAGAAGGAUUGAGCGAAGAAAUAAUUACUAUUCAAUUAGAUACUCAUGUCUGGCUGUACUCUGAUAUGCACGUAUAGCAUCUUUAUUACAAUACACAACAACUUACCAAUCAAGUGGCACUGAUAUGUUUGUUUACAAUCAUUAGGCAGUAUCAACAUGCCAAUGGGGUGAAAAUUAACGAAGUGAAUAAAUGCAUAGAGUUCCAAUGUAGAAAUGCCUGCAACACAUAGAUUACGUAAUGAAUAAUUUUCGCAAACUCAAGAAUAAGUAGGAAACAAGCGUGUGCACAGGUUGAUUACAUAUAAGGGGUUCUUGAAGAAUACCAACGAAUUUAGACAAUCAUAACUUAUAGCUAAUGAUGAAGUGGAGACGAAGCACUUCCAAAAAUGAUAAAAUAAUUCCUUCUUCAAAUAAUUAUAUUUCCACGGGAAUUCAGUUGCGAAAUGUGAGUUCGUCAAGUGGCACACAGAAGAGAAAGCGAAGGCCAAAGCCUAAAGUUUUUGGCGACGACUGGAUUACACCGGGUAAUUACCGAAAAAGAAGCAAGUCGGAGUCAUGUGAAGUGAGAGAUAAUGUGAAGAAUGAAGAGGCAAACAGACUCCACAUUGAAAUUGUGAGUUCGUCAAGUGGCACACAGAAGAGAAAGCGAAGGCCAAAGCCUAAAGUUUUUGGCGACGACUGGAUUACACCGGGUAAUUACCGAAAAAGAAGCAAGUCGGAGUCAUGUGAAGUGAGAGAUAAUGUGAAGAAUGAAGAGGCAAACAGACUCCACAUUGAAAUUGUGAGUUCGUCAAGUGGCACACAGAAGAGAAAGCGAAGGCCAAAGCCUAAAGUUUUUGGCGACGACUGGAUUACACCGGGUAAUUACCGAAAAAGAAGCAAGUCGGAGUCAUGUGAAGUGAGAGAUAAUGUGAAGAAUGAAGAGGCAAACAGACUCCACAUUGAAAUUGUGAGUUCGUCAAGUGGCACACAGAAGAGAAAGCGAAGGCCAAAGCCUAAAGUUUUUGGCGACGACUGGAUUACACCGGGUAAUUACCGAAAAAGAAGCAAGUCGGAGUCAUGUGAAGUGAGAGAUAAUGUGAAGAAUGAAGAGGCAAACAGACUCCACAUUGAAAUUAACCGUGGAGGAAACUCUUUGGCUCACACCACACAAGACCUAUUUAACGAGGUCCCUAUCCAAGAUUCCAUGCAUUUAUCUGAGCCAUUGAAUACACACGAAGUUACCAAUGGGCUGUCAUCAUCGACACCAUUGGAAGGUGGUUUGUUGGAUUCAAUAUGUCGUAUCUUGAGUAUUCCAACUCCAAGAUCAUCAGUGUUUAAAGGAUGGACUAUUAUUCUUACUGGUGGUGCUAGAAGUGAGUUUUUAGGGUCGUCUCUACCAAUCGACUCGUUGAUGUUUACUUUGCAUUAAUGGUCAUUUUUUGCUAUGGCUUAAAGUAGUAGAGACUUAUAGAAGUGGUGAUAUUUUCGGGUAAUUAUUACAGCAGUCAGCUGAUUUGUUAACCACCCCUAGGUGGAUCAUUUGUUGUUCAGUGAGGAUUUUAUUGAACAACCGAUUGUUACGUCAUCAAGGGUAAGCGUUGUUACGUUAGGUGCCUGCGUUCUAUCUCCCAUAUGAAGUGGUAAAACAAGGUGAGCAAUAUUGAGGUUAGGCGUCGGUCGAGUGCUAGGUAAGGAGGAGGGGAAAUCAAUCGACGAGGCUGUGAAAUUACAUCUACUGAGAGAGGUGGUUAGGACAUGUGUUACAUAUGCCUAGUCAUCGCCUUCAUCGACUGACAGCCAAUGCUAGCUGACAUAGGGUCAGAGUGGAAAAGAGCUAGCGGCGGUCAAACCAAAACAUGGCUUCAUCAGUCAAUGAAAUCCACAACAGUUAGUUUAAGCCAGCUAGCCACGUGGGAAGGUGUCUACUUCCUGACUGGUUGGAGUCCUCGUGACGAGAAAACCCAAUGGCUGGAAACAAUUGGUGAUAUGGCUGAAUAUCGUUCUCAAUAGCUGACUGGUGCAGAUGCAUCCACUCGUUGUGACUUAUGAUUUCCAAUGAAACUAUACUGUUCUCCGUUAGUACUAUUGCUUUGUCUCACAUCUCUAUUUACUGUCUCCAUUUUGCAUUUCUUCUGUUGCGUUGUGUGCUACAUGGAGGGAAUGUGGCGACUUGAACUGCUGCACAUCGGUGCAAAGGUCUAUGUCGAAAACAGACAGACAGGCCCAGAGGAUUUAUAUCUGGAUCCUUGGAACCAGUUAGGUGGUGAGUCAUUUUGAUCACUUUUGAUCAGUACUAUUGAUGCCUGAAAGUUUUUUUUUAUAAACCUGGAAACUAAUGUUUCUUAUUUAACAUUGCACAUGCACUAAUAUAUGUGUAAAACUUGGGCACUGUUGUGGUGGCGGUGGUAGUAGUAAGUAAUUCCAUAUUAAAAUAGAAAAAAAUCCCCAUUUAGACAUUAGAGUAAAGCCAGAGAUGAGGAUCUAAUUGAAAAGUAAAUAUUUCUUCGUUCAAUCUUUCUGUUUUCUAAAUUCCAUAUUGGUUUUUAUUAGAUGUAUCACACAGUCACACAAACAGUGGUAGUAUUUACUGGAUGACAAAGUUUCGAACACAAUUUAAUAUUGUUCAAAAUCAUUUCAUCAAUUAUAAUCACACGACUUCGACACUUGAGUUGUAUAGUUUUCUUUGUCUUCUCCUAUUUGUCGUCGUUGCGGUAGUAGAAUUUUCCAGAUGUCCAACUGGACAGGUGUUGAAUCAUUCCUAUUGCGCGUAUUUUCAGGAAUAAGAGUGGCAUUAAAAACUCACAAACUCAAUUAGAAAGAAGCUUUGUUGGUUAAAGGAUCAAUCCGCUGGAGCCUUUAAAACAAAACAAUUUAGUUUAUCUAAUACCCUGCCUGACUGCAAUGAUUAUCAGGUCAAACCAGUAGAACAGGGGCAGUGAGUCGUCAGACUAGCAGAACAUGAAAACCUAGUAGUAAAAUCUAGAUUAGUUGAUCCGAAUAAGAUAAGAAAUCUAGAGAAUAGUUCAGCUAUCACAAGCACUACAUGCAAGUACACACAACCAUAAAAUAGUCUGGAUGGGAUAGGAUGACAGUUUUUUCUAAAUCUAAUGUCACUGGGUGUAGGGAGGGAGAGAUUGAUAACAGAAGCCUUGUUUAUCGAAUCAAUUGCACAAUUCGUGUAAUGGGAAUGAUUUAACACCUGUGUGACUGUGUGAUACAUCUAAUAAACAAACUAAUAUGGAAUUUCACGUACAUGUUUUUCCUAAGGGAAUGCUUGUGAACCCCUCCCUCUUGACCUUUUUUCUAAAAAGUUUUAUUAACCUCUUGAUAUCACUUUAGGAGGCUAAAUUAGUUUUAAAUAUCGGUGAAAGGAUUGUGCUGUUUAAUUUUGUAUUGAUAUAAUGAUAACUCGAUGCAUUCUAGCUUCUAUUAACAUUCACUUGUAACAGCAGUGUGUGUGUGUGUUGCCAACUGGUUUCUUUACGCGUUGAUUUAUGUAUGUUUUUCGGUGUGGUUCAGUUAUCCUCUUCGGUGGUGUACAGGUAGGUAGUUAGGUAGGUAGGUGAAGAUUGUCGAUUUAUUUUAUGGUAUGUGUGUGUGUGUGUGUGUGU